CAAGGGAAGGGGUCUUCAGGCGCACUGGUUCGAAUCCUGGCCACAGUCCGAGGGUAGGGAGGGCAUCCACUCGGGGUGACGAUUCCUAAAUGCCAAAUGUAAAGUCCUUUGCUAGGCGGCAUCGUCCUCGCCCUGGUAGAUUAGAGAAACGACGUAAAAAUAAAAAUAAAUAAAAAUACUACUUCAAUUAUUAUUAUUAUCAUUGCUAUUUUCAUUACUAUUACCACAAACACACAAACACACACACCAAUCACCACCACCAGUACCACCAAGCAAGCUCUCCUUCACCGCCUUCUUCACGAGCGAGGUGGCGAGCAAGCGAUGGAGAGAGAGAGAGGGAGAGGGAGGAAUUGAGGGAGGGAGGGGGAGGAGGGCACCCUUAGCAUGCUCCUACUCACUCACGCGAUCAUUCCAGCAAAACAUGGUGUCGGGGCGUGAGAGAUUGGCCGCGUCGGUAACUCCCCUCGGCGUGACGCAAGCCCCGCCCCUCCUUUCCCCUCACCUCAAGCCCCGCACGCUCAUUGGCCGCCCCGCUCACCGCCCCUUGUAACCAAUCAAGGAGCUCCAGUAUCGCCAUGUGUGUUAUACAGGUUUAUUUUUCGUGUUUCGGUGUUUUUCUGGUGUUAAUUUAGGCAGUGAAGGUGCAGGAAGGUGUGAGUGAGCAGGGAAAAAUGGGUAGAUGGUGAGGUUUGAAAGUUUGUGGUGAGGGAAAAGGAAAUAUGAUGAGGGGAGUGGUGGUGGUUGAGGCGCGGGGCGGGCAGAGUGAGGGCCUGGUCGCGUGGGACUAAUGGAGCAUCUGGUCUGGAGUGAGUGAGAGAGAGGGCGAGCGAGAGAGAGAGAGAGAGAGAGAGAGCGAGGAAAGAGAAAGAGAGUGAGAGGAGGGAGGCAAGUGACAGAACCAAUUAGAGUACAAAUAGUUUCCGUCACACCACCACCUCCUCCUCCGCCGCCGCCGCCGCCGCCAUUCGUCGCCGCCCCUUUCCCUCUCACAACCGCAGUACCCGCCGCCGCCGUCGCCUCGCCACACCACCACCACCACCACACCCUCAGCCCGCACUCUCCCCUCACUCGUGUGUCCCGCGACGCCCACUUCUGCCGCCACCACCAUCACUUCCUCCACCCUGCUCCUCCUACUCCUCCUCCUCCCGCCGCUCACACUCCCGCCCGGCUGUGGAGAGGAAGGAGCGUUCGCCGAGGGGAAGCCGUAAGAGGAGGUCCGAGGGGAGAGAGAAAAGACAGUGAGAGGAGUGACAGGAGUGAGAGGGGCUUCAUAAGUGGUUUGUACACGUGCGUUCCUCUCUUCAAUUACUACGACAGGAAGAGACGCUGCGUGUGUGCGCGUGCGGGUAUGUGGACCAAGUUCGUGUGUUUUGCGUUCAUGGUAACUGAGCGGUGGACCUCGUGAGUGAUUGGUGAACUUGCACGGACGUCCUUGUGGUCCUCGUCCUCCUCCUCUGCGGCGCGAUGGCCUAGCGAGUGUCUGUCCCCGCCGAGUGGGGGAGAAGUGUCUGACGGAGGAAACACGAGUGACUGAGAGAGACACAGCCAGUGCUCUCCGUAUCUCCGUGUGUGCGGGGGUCGUGUGUAUUUAUCUCUGUCUCUCCGUCCACUCGCGUCUCUCAUCGCCAAGCUACACAGGAGCAGCGAGUGAAGAACCUCUGUGUGAGUGCGUGUGCGUGUACGUGUGUGUGUGCGUGUGAGAGGUCACCACCACUGGGCAGGGCAUGGAGACACUGGUCAAGAUGGAGAAGCCAGGAUCGCCGGACAGCCAGACUCAGACCGCCACCUCCGUCACGCCCUUCUCCAUCACCGACAUCCUCACCCGCAUGGAGAACCGAUCCCCGACAGACCUCCGCACCUCCCUCGACCACCACCACCACCACAACCUGCACCACCACCACGCCGCUGCUGCCGCCGCCGCCGCCGCUGCCGCCUUCACCGACCUCCACGGCGCCCCCGGUCUUGGGUUCCGGCCUGUCUCCGUCCUCAAGUACAGCUCCCCGUCACCCAUGGACUUGUCUAAGGACGCCACGCACCCCGAAGUGACAUCCUCCAUCGAGCCUUCGUCAGGAGACCACCACGGCAUCUCCGCAUCGCACUCCUCAGACGUCAGGGACACCACGGCGUCUCCGGAGGGCCUGCUGGGGAGCCGAAGGAGCAGAUCGACCUCCCCGUGUUCGGAGAUGAGCAUGGAGGAGGUGGAGAUGGACCAGAGCGACAGGGAGGACUCCACCAGCGCCCCUGCCCAGGAGAACGCCGCCGCUGAUGGGAAAGGUGAGGGCGGGGAAGGAGAACGCGCCCCCCGGAAGAAGCGUUGCCGCGCCGCCUUCAGCCACGCUCAGGUGUUCGAGCUUGAGCGCCGUUUCGCCCACCAGCGCUACCUGUCGGGGCCGGAGCGAGCAGAGAUGGCGCAGGCACUCAAACUCACCGAGCAGCAGGUCAAAAUCUGGUUCCAGAAUCGCCGCUACAAGACCAAGAGGAAACAGAUGGUGGCCUGUGAGCCGCCCUCCUCAGGCCGCCGCGUCGCCGUCAAGGUGUUGAUGCGGGACGACCAGCUUCUUCACGGCCCCGAGGAGGGACUGCCGCGCCCGCCCCUCCUCCUCCCCUCCCUCGCCUCCCUCAGCGCCCUCAGCUCCUUCGGCUCACUCGGACUCCCUCCCUACUGCUACUACCCUUACCUGUGUCCUCCCCCUCACUCGGGCUCCUCCGCCGCCGCCGCCGCCGCUCUCUCCUCCCUACCUCAUCUGCCGCAGCUCUCCGCCCUCUCCCCGGCAUCCCUGUCCUCUCUCACCUCGUCCUUGUCUAACCUCACGUCGCUGCUGCCGCCCCACGCCAUGUCCGCGGCCUCCUCCUCCUCCCCUGCCGUAUCCACCAGCGGGGGGUCGAGGCCAACGCCCCAGCCGCCCUCCCCAACACGCCCAUGAGGUGCGAAGGAGGUUAAUCCACGCCCGUUCUAAUUGCCGGGCUGUCGCUGCUCUCGCCGCCGCCCCCGCCCUGUCACUGCUUCAAGACUGAGGUGCGAGGUGUGUCUCCCCAGGGCGGCGCUGCAGAAGGGAGCCGCUACAGUGCUGGCGGUGAGAGCGUUUUGUGCUGCCACGUCGGGAGUCGGGGCGGCCACCAUGCAGGAGACAGCCCUCACCCUUACCUCACCCUCACCCGCUCCCGCACCCUCACCCUGAGUCGGGGGGAGCAGUGCGGCGGAGACUCUCGUGACCUAAGAGGAGAAAAUAUUAUCAGUGAACACGGAUGAUCCCUUGGAAAUUAGAGUGAACGUCAUCGCGAGUCAAGUGACAGACGGUGCAAGGAGAAAGUGACACGACACAUCACCGCUGCUGAUGAACGAAGGAUUCUUGAGCGGCAAGCGUUGGUCGUCCCUGUGAAUCAUACCAUUAAGAAGCCUGAAAAGACACGUAUGGAAAAUUCUUCGAAACAAAAUAUUUUCUGGACGAGAUUACUAGUGCUUGACCAGCCGGUGGUGGAAACAGAGCCAGAUGUAAAGCGUGUGUGGCGUAACGCAGAACAGACAGACGCGGCUUAAGUUGGUGUGUUAGAGACAGGCGUCCUGGAUCUCGUGCUCUUCAUCUUCUUUCAGACGCACGUCAUUCGUGAAGGGAAGACAGAACACUGCAGGUUGACGGAGAGAACAAAGACGCAGCAUGGUGACACUCCAAAACAGUCACGCAUGCCAUCGUGGUAGUGACGAUUAAUAGACGGUACACACACACACACACACACACACACACACACACACACACACUUUAUGGACUAUAUCACAUAAUUGUAUAUAAUGAUAAUAAUGAUAAUAUUAUUACUAUACAUAGUAGUCUUUAGCAUUCACUCCAGGGAGAACUUGUAAUAAUGAUACUAAUUAUGAUAGAAAUAAAAUAGAACCUAAACAAAAACGUACACAGGGAGUUAGAAUGACAAAGGAGAAGAAAACAUUCACUCGUUCACUUCCCUGUGUAAGUUACCUAGAGAGCAAUAAUUCUUACGAUUUUAGACUUAAACUAAGACACUUCUUAUUUAAUUUUUCUUUAUGUAGGGAGGGAAAAAGAGGAGGAGAAAGAGGAAAUAAGAUAAUGAAAAGACAUUCUUCCGAAAUUUGAAUUCUUCGUUGGAAAACUCAGGACCAAAGAUUUGAGUUCACUUCCGUUUCAGGAAAUGCUUGAAUUUCUUGGGUCCAGUGAAACACACAAAUAUACACACACGCGCCGCCCACACACACACACACAUACACACACACACACACACACACACACACACACACACACACACACACACACACACACACACGUUACAUAUGUGUAUAAUCACUGUUGUUCCACACACUCCUUUAGGGAUACUCCCUGGUUCCUCCUCUGGACCAAUACAUAUUUAAUUUAUUUCAGCAACACAAAACAAUGAGGAGCUGACAGAGGAAGCGAGGCUCGCUUCUCCUUUCUCGUUGAGGAGCGCUGAACGGAACCAAAACAUAGUUACUCGUGUAUGUGCGUGCAUUGCGGCGUAUCUUUUUUUUUUUUUAUGAGUAAGGAAGUGUUUAGCAAAAAGAUCAUGAAAUAAAUUAUCAUAAUGAAAUUCGUAAAUAAAUAAAUAAAAGAGGACAUGAGAAAAGACCAGUUAGUGCUGCGCCGGGACCAGGAGACACGCAGCAGUGUCCUGGUGGUGGCGCCUGAGCUUUGAGGUGCAAUAAAAAACAACACUAAUUUUUUUUCGGCGUUUUCCCUUUUUUCUCAGGGACUGGAACGGAGAGAUGCAAUUUUUAUCACCCAAAUCAGAGGAAAUAAUAAUCCCAUUUGUUGAUAUAAUACAGUGAUGGCCCCCGCAGCGCCGGCCACUUGUCAGCCCACAUAACGGACACACGGCGUCACGCAGCGCAUCUGGUUGCGGAUCGAUUUAUUCAGGCGUCGUGAUGCGUGACUCGGAACGUGCUAACUACAGAACCGGACGUAGUCAAAAACCAUUUAGUAAGCAAUCGAGCACACACGCACGAGGGAGGCGGUAUGGGUGUGGCUGGGGUUACAUGCGUGUGUUUGUUCAUCCACUCCAUUAGGGCGCCAUGUAACACUGUUGCUCCGGUGCCAGAAGUCAAUCAGUCUCCCGCCACAUCAAGAGAACGUAGUGGAACAUAAAGAAAAAUUUUUGAAGUUUGGGAAAAAAAAAAAAAUCGGACGUGAAAGAAAUAAAAUAAAAUAACGAUAAUUUAACGCUUGAAUGAAACAUGUACGUAAUGAAAAGAAAGGGCAAUUAUUUCGUAUAUCAUGGAAAAUAUUAGAAUGAGAGGCCAAGCAAACAAAAAUACGGGGCAGAACUUACGAUAAACGGUUAAGUGUACACGAAUGAAAAGAGGAACAGCCAAACAAGCGAAAAUACCUGUGGCUUAAAUUAAACAGGUGAAAGCACAGACAAGAAAGAAAAUCGGAACACUAUUCUUCACGGAAAAAAAAAAAAAAAAAACGAUAACACAACAUUGCAGUUUUUCUUUGGCUUCUCGUCAAGACCCGUUCCUCUCUCCUCCGUCCCUCGUCCCUCCCUGCAGCAGUCACGUGUCGUCUCCGCCACGAUAAUAAAGAUAACUGGAAGGCAUUACUGUACAACACACUCCCUCCAGGUACACACACUUGUCUCACCUUUUGUUUUCCAUCUUUAAUAUUACAACCCCCCCCCCACCCUACGUGUAUGUUGUAAAAAUUAUAAUGAUGAUAAUAUUAAUACUAAUAAUAAUAAUCCACUGUUGAUGUUG